CUGCCAAUGGACUUGAAGAAUGUGACUAAUUUACGACACCUCAAUAUUGAGACGAGUGGCUUGCAAUUGAUGCCUGUUGAUAUGGGAAAACUGACAAGCCUCCAAACAUUGUCUAAUUUUGUUGUGGGCAAAGGUAGGGGGUCAGGAAUAGGACAGCUUAAAAGCUUAUCAAAUCUCAGGGGAAAACUCUCCAUUUCAGGGUUGCAAAAUGUUGUCAAUGUCAGGGAUGCUAUUGAGGCCAAGUUAGAGGAUAAGGAGUACCUUGAAAAGCUAGUUUUAGAAUGGAUUGGCAUAUUUGAUGGUACAAGAGAUGAGAAAGUGGAAAAUGAGAUACUUGACAUGCUACAACCUCAUGAGAACUUGAAAAAUCUCUCUAUUGAAUACUAUGGUGGUACAGAAUUUCCAAGUUGGGUGGGAGAUCCAUCCUUCAGUAAGAUGGAGUACCUGAAUCUCAAGGGUUGCAAAAAAUGUAUAUCCUUACCAUCACUUGGCCAACUACCAUUGCUUAAGGAGUUAAUCAUUGAAGGAAUGGAUGGUAUAAAGCAUGUUGGUCCUCAGUUUUAUGGGGAUGAUUACUCUUCAAUUGAUCCUUUUCAAUCAUUGGAGACGCUGAAGUUUGAGAAUAUUGAAGAAUGGGAGGAAUGGUCUUCUUUUGGAGAUGGAGGAGUUGAAGGAUUCCCUUGCCUUCGUGAGCUUUCUAUAUUUAAAUGUCCAAAGUUGACAAGGUUCUCACACCGAUUUUCUUCCUUAGAAAAACUUUGUAUUGAACGGUGUCAAGAACUGGCUGCUUUUUCAAGGCUUCCUUCACCUGAAAACUUGGAGUCUGAAGAUUUUCCUCGCCUUCGUGUGCUCAGACUAGUACGUUGCCCCAAGUUGAGUAAACUACCGAAUUACCUUCCAUCAUUGGAAGGAGUUUGGAUAGAUGAUUGUGAGAAAUUGGCUGUACUACCAAAGCUUGUGAAGCUCUUGAAUUUGGACUUGUUGGGUUCUAAUGUGGAGAUUCUUGGAACUAUGGUUGAUCUUAGGUCACUAACCUUUUUGCAGAUAAAUCAAAUUUCAACACUCAAAAUUUUUCCUGAAGGUUUCAUGCAACAGUCUGCAAAACUUGAAGAACUAAAGAUUGUUAAUUGUGGUGAUCUUGUAGCUUUGUCGAAUCAGCAGUUGGGAUUAGCACACCUUGCUUCUCUUAGACGCUUGACAAUCUCUGGGUGUCCUAAACUUGUUGCUUUGCCAGAUGAAGUGAACAAGAUGCCUCCUAGACUAGAAUCUUUGGAUAUAAAAGACUGUCAUAACCUGGAGAAACUGCCAGAUGAACUUUUCAAGCUCGAGUCUCUUAGUGAGUUGCGAGUGGAAGGGUGUCAAAAACUUGAGUCCUUUCCUGAUAUGGGAUUGCCAUCCAAGCUUAAACGUCUCGUGAUCCAAAACUGUGGUGCAAUGAAGGCCAUUCAAGAUGGAAAUUUACGCAGCAACACCUCUCUUGAGUUUCUGGAGAUCCGUUCAUGUUCUUCCCUUGUGUCAGUUCUUGAAGGAGGCAUUCCCACCACACUCAAAUAUAUGAGGAUUUCUUACUGCAAAAGUCUGAAGUCGCUGCCUGUGGAGAUGAUGAACAAUGACAUGUCUCUUGAGUACUUGGAGAUAGAAGCUUGUGCUUCACUUUUGUCCUUUCCAGUGGGUGAGUUACCCAAAUCUCUUAAGCGUCUUGAGAUUAGUAUUUGUGGUAAUUUCCUUUCAUUACCUUCAAGCCUUCUGAACCUAGUGCAUCUUGAUUUCUUACACCUAGAAAAUUGCCCUCUUCUUGAGUAUUUUCCAAAUACUGGGUUGCCUACCCCUAACCUAAGAAAGCUCACUAUUGCUACGUGUAAGAAGCUCAAGUUCUUGCCCAAUCGAUUUCACAACCUCAAAUCUCUUCAAAAAUUGGCCUUAUCUCGUUGUCCAAGUCUUGUAUCCCUACCAAAACAGGGGUUGCCCACCAACCUAAUAUCACUUGAGAUUACUCGUUGUGAGAAACUCAAUCCCAUUGAUGAGUGGAAGCUGCACAAACUUACCACUCUUAGAACUUUCUUGUUUGAGGGAAUCCCAGGUCUGGUGUCGUUUUCAAAUACUUAUCUUCUUCCUGACUCCAUAACCUUUCUUCACAUCCAAGAACUCCCAGACCUCCUAUCAAUAUCAGAAGGGCUGCAAAAUCUCACCUCACUUGAAACUCUGAAGAUUAGAGACUGCCAUAAGCUCCAAGCUUUGCCAAAGGAGGGGCUUCCAGCCACACUUUCUUCUCUAACAAUUAAGAACUGCCCUCUGAUACAAUCACGCUGUAAACAGGACACUGGAGAGGAUUGGUCCAAAAUUAUGGACAUUCCUAAUGUAGAUCUAUUUUAAAGGCAUGGAGAUCCUUGACCAAGUUCUAGUGGAGUUCUUUCACACUGGAGGUAGAGAAAUUCUGUCAGGCUGCUUUUCUGGAAGCACUCAUGUUAUAUUCCUUGAGAAGGUACCUUUUCUUGAGUCCAAAGAUGAUGAUGGUCUUCACAAAUGGGUAGCCUGAUUUCAAAUCCACAAACACCCAAUCCCAGAUCAGAAGGCAGGCUUGGGUCCCAAAUCUCUCGUACAACCUCUAAAGACUAAAUAAACAGGCUAGCUAGCAACUUCUCAAAGGUGUAAACACACCUCAGCAGUAGGACUGUUUGUUAUGAUUCAUUACAGUUUGGUAUUCAGCCUUAAAUGUGAGGAUUUCAGUACUAAAAAAUAGGACUAAUAUCAUAAUGUUUUCAUGUUCCUGGGAUGAUUGUGCCCAUGCAUGUAACAAACUACUUUUGGAGAACAAUCCAAGCAUGGUAGGCCAAAUGGAUUGUGCCAGAAUCUUAUCUGGACUGGGUAUUUGAAUAUUCCAUGCUCUUUCUGAUGCUU